AUGGGCACACAACUGGCGUAUACGAACGGGCCUAAUGCUCAACCAGUGAUCCAUGUACCCACGCUGAUACCACCGCCAGCUUAUGCUCAUGUGUGCCCCUAUAUUUUUCGCUCCGCCGAUCCAUCCAUUCAACCAGAAUCGUUUGGCUUCCUUGACACACUCGGACUCAAAAGCAUUGUGCUGCUUUCUAUCGAAUAUCCAUCGAAGCAACUUGAGGUCUACUGUGCAAAAAAUCAUAUUGAAAUACACCAUUUUGGGAUCGAAAGGCGUUGGCCUUCGCCUAAUAAUCUAGAGUCCAGCUCUUCUGCAUCAAGUCAUCUUUUCUUUUCGUCUCAAGAGAUCAAUUCAUUCAGUGUGCUCGAGUCAAUUGUAAAGGACGCACUCGAGUUGCUACUGGACGUACGGAAUCAUCCUGUUCUCGUGACAGAUAUUGCGGGUAUUUUUGAAACUGGGACGCUUCUUGGCUGUUUGCGAAAAAUUCAAGGCUGGAAUCUCAGUAGUAUUCUAUUUGAAUAUCGGUCUUUUGCCGGGUCAUUGGCCCGCAGUGCUAACGAAAGGUUUAUCGAGAUGUUUGAUACUGACCUUAUAACAAUGCCUCCCACUGAAUUUGUACCGGACUGGCUGUUACCAUCUCAACAGUUCUAUGUGGAUGAAUCUGAGCGCAGCGAUAGCACGAGUCAUGGUCAUUCAGACUAG